GAAGGAGAUGUAACAGAAAGAAGCCUGUCUGUGACAGUCCAGAAUGCUACAGUAAAACAAAAGGAUAAAAAUGAAGGCAAUGUGACAAAUAGAAAUCUGUCUGUUGCAGCCCAGAAUGGUAAAAUAAAACAAAAGGAUAAAAAUGAAGGCGAUCUGACAAAUAGAAACCUGACUGUGACACUCCAGAGUGGUACAAUACAACAAGAUAAAGAUGAAGGAGUUGUGACAAAUGGAAACCUGUCUGUGACAAUCCAGAAUGGUAGAAUAAAACAAGAUAAAGAUGAAGAACUUGUGACAAAUAGAAACCUGUCUGUAACAGUCCAGAAUGACACAACAAAACAAAAGGGUAAAAAUGAAGCAGAGGUGACAAACAGAAACCUGUCUGGGACAGUCCAGAAUGGUACUUCUACAAGUAACACAAACAGUAUAAACUUCAGCCCUAAAGUAUCAGUAGUGAACCAGAAAUUAUCUGAUUUAAACCUAAUUAAACCAUUAACAUCUGGAAACCUGACAAAAUUCAAAAUUCCUUUAUGCAGAAAGAAACCUAAAUCCAAGAAACUGGAAUCUGUCCAUUCAUUUGAAAGCAAAACUUGUAGUCCACUAGAGCUUCUUGAAAGCACUAGUCCAGAAAGGCAGAAGACAGGUGAAGGGACUUUCUUGGUAAAAUCUGAGCAGGGUCCUCUUCCUGUGGUGAGUGAUGCUGCAUCUCCACCUUUCAUACAGAAAAAAGCAGAUGAGAUCGACAGUAAGGACUUCCAGCAGAAUGGCGCUGUGAAUCUCUCUGAUGAGAUGUCCGUGCUCUCUGAAAGUUUUUCUGCGUAUCCACAUCCUCUUCUUGAUGGACAGCCAGAGCCAUCUGUACCUGAUUUCUAUGGUACUGAAUGUGUGCUGAAAUCUAGUUUUCCUGAUCAUUCUUUGAAUGCAGUCGACCACCUUGUUGGGUUAGAAAUAAAUGAUGAUAGAAAAUCAAGACGGAAUUUUUCACAACACAAAAAUCAAAAUUUACCAGAUAUCCUUGAAGCUUACAACCAAGAUGUUCUUGUCAUUGAUGUGAUUCAGGAUGACCCUGACCUUUUUGGAACCAGUAAUGAAGAGGCGCUUGCACCUGCACGCUGUGAAAAUUGUCCAGUGAAAGCGUCCCCUGCAAACGGCAUUAAAGACGCAAAGGAAUAUAUUAAGCCUGAGUCUCCCAUUGCCUCAGAAAAGAUGUAUUCAGUAGAGAGUAGUUUUAGAUGCAUGCAAGAAUCUGGAAUGUCAAGUGAUACUGAAAAUUCUUGUAAUUUGGUGUUAAAAGCUGAAGACGUGAACACCCACAAUUCUUCCAGAGGAAGCAGUCCUUCAGGAGAUGUGACUGAGGACUUUCUUAAAGAUAGGCAACAGAGCAAACUAGAUGAACUUUUGACAAGUUUGGACAUGGAUGAAAAGUUCAAGCUUGCAGAUGGGGUGCCUGAUGCUGAAGACGAAAACAAGACUGAAGCUGAAAAAAGUGACUGUAAAUGCAAAGUGAACAGUGAAUUGCUAUCAGAAUUGCCAUUGAAUGACCAAGAAGCAAAUCUCUUCAGUGAAGCUUCAGAGAUGAAAUCUUGGGCAAAUGGUUACAAAUCUUCAGGAAGAAGUACUUUAGUGCCAUUGAAGGAUUGUGGAGUUUUUGAGCCAUGGAAGAUGGAGAAAAGCGCAGUUGCUUCUCAUUCAGUCCAGCAGAUCCUUGAUGCACUUAACUUGCCCCGUAAAUACUGCAGAUACUAUUUCAUGACUUCACGUGGCUGUGAAAGAACAAAGUGUUGGUUCUCUCAUGUUCCAGUACAAGGGGAUGAAAAGAUUUGUAUGGCAAUUCUUAGGACAUACAUUAGUAUCAAAGAAUCAGGUCUCCUAAGACGUGCAGUUCAAAUAUUUGUGCAGUAUUACAAAGAAGUUACUCCUGGUAUGGAUUUUGCUUCUGAAGUGCUGAAUGAUCUUCUUGUUUCAUUGCUCAACAACUGUUUGUUGCAGGAAGUAUUCCAAAUAUUGAAUGUAAUUGUACAAAUCAAGAUACUGCCAGCUGUAGAUGUUCUUCUGAAAGUUUUUGAGCAUGUGGCUUCUUUGAAUAUAAGAAAUGCUGUGCCUACGUUAAUCAAUAUCUUUUGUAAGCUCAUUGGUGCUGGUAUGUUCCUUGAGUUGGAACACUUUGACUACAUUAUUAAGUUACUUCAGCAAUUGCAAGUUUCCAGUUGGGAAAUGACUACUGUUUUGAACAUAAAAUCCAGAUUUGAGGAAAGAUAUUUUGAAAAGACAUGGAUUUUUGACUUCAACUUGGCUGUAGCUGAAAUUCAGCAUUGCAAGGAAAAAAGGGACUGGACCAAGCUAGGAGCUUUGUAUCUUAAUGCAAGAACUGGAUGUGAACAUUUUGAUGAUCUUCAGAAAUUGUUUGUAUCUAUUGCUGAAAUUCUAGCCAAAGAUUCUGAGACAGACAGACCAGGAGUCCCUUUUUGUGAUUUUGCUGAUACAGUAGUGAAAAAUUCACACCAUAAUAAAGCAGACAGGCUUUUCAUUGGAAGGACUGGGAUAAGCGUAAUGUAUUCGUAUCACAAAGUACUGCAGUGGAUAAAGGGAAGGAAGGUUUUGGAUAAACUGCACGAGCUACAGAUAGAUUUUACACUCUUGAAAGGACUUGUAGGUGCAGGGAAGUCAGCAUCGAGAUGUCAGAUUGUUAAUAAAGCUGCAGAAAUCUUUCUUCAUUCUGGAAAUUUGGAUGGAGCAACAAGGGUAUUGAGAGAGUCAGAGUGGAUCACAGAUGCACCGUUGUGGCCCUGUAAUAAAAUGGACAUCCUCAAUCGACAUAAUCUAUUAUGUGCAAUAGUGCAUAAAUACUUGAGGAAGAGUUUGUACAGGCAGGCAUUUGAAGUUCUGCAGAACUUACCAGGUUUGCAGAAACAUUCUGAUAUUGUAAAUGCUUCUCAAUACAGCAGCCUUUUUAACAAGCUGAUAAAUGCCUGUUUUGAGAACAAGAACCUUGGGGUCUCGUCUUCUGCAGUAGACUUCAUGCUUUCCAAAAAGAUUGCUAUUGAUUUUGCUUUACUUAGAGGAUUAAUCACAGCUUUGGGAAGAAGUUCUUUAUGGUCCAAAGCUAGGUCCUAUUACAAAAAUGCUUUAUCAUUGGGUUGCUACCCAGAGCUGCAGGGAAAUUUUUAUCACAAAGUUCUGAAGAUUCCAUCAUACCUAUCUGAAGUUGAGAUGCUGUUGACCAUUGAAAUAUUUCUUGUUUCAAAUGCUAGUGAUAUUCAAAGUUCAAGGAAUACUAGUCAGACUCUUCAGAUAAUACUGAAAAGAUAUGAAGAUACAGGUCAGAAUAACAAUGCCUAUCAUGAGGCAGUGGAGAGGCUGAUCCAGGCAGUUCGUUUAUCUGAUCCAAAGCUUUUUCUUAAGCAUAUGACCAUGAACGUUAAUAUGGAAGAAGUUUACAGCCUGGAGCAUUCAUCUGCUUUAAAAUGGCUUCAAGAGAAUAUGAAAUGGGCUGAGAAGGUCUGGCUGUUUCAGUAGUUACUAAAUAGUUUCCACUCUGUUCGGAUUGUGCCUUACUGAUUUACAGCAAGGUUUCAAACUCAAGUUGUGGUUUUAAAUACUAUAUUGAUGAUAAUGAAGAUAGUAGCACAGAAAGAGUAAUGGUUUUUUUAUAAACUGUCACACUGACCUGUAUAGAUGUUUGGCAGUGGCAUCACCAGAUAAUGAAGAAGCUGCAGCCUCAGAACCUACGUUCACCAUUCUUACAAAGAAUUAACACUUAGCUUGUUUCUCCCAGCAGGUAAUUCUAUAAGUGUAGUAUAAGCAUAGGUGCAAGUGUAGGUAAGUGCAUUGGUUGAGUGUAUCUACUGUUCUUGAGUGAGACAUUUUCCACAUUCAUUCAUAGUCUGUAGAAGUAAUACCUGUUUCCUGUUGUCUGCCUCACAGUAACUUGUGAGGUCACUGUUCACACCUUAGAUCUUAUUUUUUUUCUCCAAAAGCCCAAUAAAAAGCACUGAGAAUAAAAUAACUUCACAAUUGCUUGAGACAUGCCUGACUUAGGAUAUCUUUCUUCACAGAACUGAGAGCCUACAUGUUGCUCACAGCUGAAGGUUUAGUUGAUAAUUUAAUUAGAUAUUUAUUUGAUAUAGGUAAUAGCUUGUGUAUGGUUUCACAUUUCUGUAUAUGCACUUCCACUGCAAAGGAAAACUUGCUUUCUCCCUUGAUUGUGCUCUUAGAGAGAGGUGGGUUUGCCCAUCUUUUAGCUUCUGCCAACUUCAUGAUGAGAUGGAGACUUCUAGCAAGCUUGUUCCACCAUUCCUGGUUCUUCAGGAUUUCUGCUUUUUUCCACCUGAAAAUCCUGAAUCACAUUCAAAGCAUGAAUUGCUUGAGUCAAACUCUACAGCCUGAGUAAGAAGAACCAAACAUUUAAUACCAGAAAAAUCUCUCACGGUGAAACAAUACAGCAACAAUACAAUACAAUACAAAAUUGAUACUUAAUGUACUUGCCACUUUUGUAGUGUUGUUAGUUUAGUUCUCUGGCAGCAACCUUCACAAACUUGCCAGUAAUACAGCUCUUGUGGCCCUGCUCUCCAUCCAUUUUAAAGCCUUUUGUUCUUAAGCUCUUUUGGGUAUAAAAGUUCAUGAGUUUUUAGGUUGUUCCAUCAUAAGUGAGAUUAAGAUGAUGGCACAGGACCUCAGUGUUUGAAAAAUAUCUCUGCUUUGGGGUAGCAUAAGUCUCUUCCCAGUUCCUGCAGCAUUAUUGCAGGUGUCCUUUGCAGCUCUAAAUCAUGAAAGCCAUCAUGACCUUAGUUCUGGAUGGUUGUGUGGAGGGUUUUGGUAUCAGGGUUUUUCUCUUUGGGGGAGGUUGCCACUCCAGUCUUGGGGCUUUAUGCCAUUAAUCUGAUGUCAUGAAUCUGAUCACCAGUUGUUGGAUUCCUGACCUCCUCAGGGCCAGGUCCUUACCUUUUUCAAUACUUUUUCUCAUCCAGUCUGUUAGGAUGUUGCUGCUGGAAGAGAGGGGAUUGAAUCUGAUGACCACCAAGAUUACUACUUUGCUCCUGUGCCACCUGUACAGAAAAAUGCUAGGAUAGAGGCUGUUGUCUUCUCACAGGGUAUCAUUCUUUUGUAGAGAUCAUCUUGCCUGCCUUGUAAAAAAUGGUAAAUCCACUACCAAUGGUGCUAUAUGGCAUUUCUGUAGGAGCCAUUCACCUCAGUGUACAGUUGGCACUGGUCCAAACAAACUCUGGGUUCUGCCCCUUCACAUUCAUGAAGAUGGUUCUGCCAUUUAUAAGGGUAUCCACCUGAUCAAAUCCAACUGGAUUCUGCUGAUUUUGCUUCUCAGUAGCUGAAAGACUGGGUGAGUAGUAAUCAGGUUUCAGGUGAUGGAUCUAAACUGAUGCUCUUGCAACCACUCCAGCAUUAGUGAAAAAAGCAAUUUUAGAAGAUUCCAACAAACUAAAACGGGUAGUAAGAAACAGAGAAAUUUUUGGUAAUUAGUUCUUCUAAGAUCCUUUGUGUCUUAAUCUUCAUUGGAAUUAGACAGAGGCUAUCUGACCCUCAGCUAAAUCCCAUGUUUCUGUGAGAGGUAUCCAAUGUGGCCAAUAGUGUGUUUGACAGACAUAGAAGGACAAAAUUCUCUUUGUAAUUUGUAUGGCUUCAAAACUUGGGAUGUUCUAGAGACAGCGGAAUUUUUUCCUCUGUAAGCAACCUUGAAUUUUCACUUAGAUCUUCCCCAGAACAAAACUCCAAAUGUUGCUUUAUUUUUCAGACAGAGGUUAAUCAUUGACCCUCAAGCUUAACUUGGAACCGUGUAAAAUUUUUGCAAUGUUUUGGCUCCAUCUCCUGAGUAUCAUCUUCAGCUGAUAGGAUGUAAUCUCAGUCAUGUUUUAUAUUAACAAGCAAAGCAAGCUUCCCACAUCCUUGCUCAGAAGCUUUAUUACAAGCGAGGCUUCUGGUGUUUGUUUCAAUAGAGUUUCUCCCUGUAUCACCAUGAUAAACCAGUAUGCAGUUGGACCAACUUUGCUGUUAAGUCCUGUAUUUCACAUUUUUGUUCUGUCUGGGUCCACAUGAAAUACAGUGCAAAUAUCAUCAUUUUGAUUUGUAUCAGAAGGCCAGAAAGGUUUCUUGAGUAACAUUCUCGGUAUUUUGGUAACAGAAAUUCCAUGUGCCAAACAGGACAAAACUCCACUGUGGAAUGGAAACAAGCCUGGAAAGAUGGAAAAAAUAUCCUGAAGAAUAAAGUUGAGUACAACAGAGGCAAUGCAGUUUUGCAGAGCCAGCCCCUCAGUAGACAAUAGCCACACUUUUGCUUUUUCCCAGUGUAAGUUAAGCUGAAAGAACUUCUGUUUCACAUUAAGCACCUUAUUUGGUAUAAUUUUUCAUAUAGGAAAUAAAAUGUAUGCUUACCUGUUUGCAGAGAGAGACAGAAAAAUGUGCAAAUAAAAACUUCCAUGUGCUGUGCUCAGUAGCUCA